CACCCCAUUAUAGAUUCUAGUCAAAGAGGCAGGGGUGCUAGAGGUGGCCGCGGCAGGGGUCGAGGUAGAGGUCAAGGGCAAUGUUAUGGAAACGCCACAGGUGUUCACAUGUCACCAAAUGUCAGAGGAUCUUCACCAAUGAUUAAUAACGGGGUUAGACAAACAAAAAUUUAAUACACCCAAUGUGCCAAUUAUCAGUGUCGUGACAUCACCUGGCCUACAAGGACAGGUUGUUCAACAACGACCAAAGCUGCCUCUGCAGAAUUUAAUGCCAGCGGCACAGAUAAAGUCCAAGCCUACAGACGAGGCAUCUUCAGAAUAUAAAUGGAGUAUGGAUCUUGGACUGUUUGCAAAUGAACAAUAUCAGUCUAUUCUUGAUCAACUACAAAAUGAAAAUGGACACAGUCUACCCAGCAUGGCAGAGAAGAUGGCUCUUUCAAACAAAACCGCUGUUUGCAAGUACUUGUUGGAGCAGAAUAAAAAUGACAAGAGGACCUACUGUAAAGAAUUUGUAGAUAUUUUGAAGAAAUGCUCUAGUAUCCCUGCAAGAGAAGAUAUAAUACUGGUGGAGUUAUGUGCCCUCUACAACUAUGUCUUUUAUCACACUGAGGUUGUAUGCAGUGUUGAUGAACCAGGGCUGGGAACUGACAUUUAUUGUCAAGUUUAUAAAACAUUUUCAAGAGUUUUGAGAACUGUGUCUCCACAGAAAAGGAAAGGAGAUUUUCUACAGUACAGUGACACGAAAACUGCAUGCUAUAGCCUGUUUGAUGAUGUUCUAGAGAAGUUACAAUAUGGGAUAGGAAAAGAAUCCCUCUCAUUACAUGUAUGUCAAUGCAUUUUGAUCCUCAGUGUGAGAGAAAUCAUGAAAGAAUAUAACAGUACCAUAGUCAAACUCCUGGAGAGAGUAAGGAAUAUCUUACACUGUAUGGAUACUACAUCUGUACACCCACAGCAAACAUUUAUUCUACCAUUGAGAGUAGAACAUUCUAGCCUGAGUCUUGCAGACAGAGAUCAGAUUUUAGACAUCGUGUCCUUCCUGAUGACUGUAUGCCAUUGUAAGGAUCAAUCAUGGGAAAAAGUGUGCAGAAGUGUAGAGGGAAUCGAUACCAUUAAUGUUAAAUGUGUUGCCCAGUUUUUGUCAGGGUUUGCCUUGUAUAAAAGUGGCAGAUAUACAGAGGGUAUAUCUUGUUUGAUGGAGGUGCUGAGAUCUGGAGACGCACUGACACAAAGAUUGAAGGCUCGAAUUUACAACCUUAUUGGAAAAUGUUUUGACAAACUGGAGAAAUACCAGCUAUCAAUACAGAUGUUCAAGGAAGCAUUGUGUGCUGACUUCAGUUACCUAGUGCCACUGUAUAACACAUCUCUACAGUAUAAGAAACAGAAAAUAGCCGAUAUGGAAUUAGAAUGCUUGAAUUUACUAGUCACAGCUUUGGAAAUGAGGGAUGAUAGAGGUAUUCAGUAUGAAGGUAUAGAUUUCAUGUGUUUACUUGACAUAGAGGAUACAGACAUAUCAUAUGUAAAAGCCCUGUAUUCACUCAGUAGUAGGUCCAUGCAGUUAAAGAGGUAUGAUGUAGCUGUAGAGAAAUAUAUGUCACUUCUUGAACAUCUCAAAACAUGGAAAACUAAUAAAAAGGAAAUCUCCUCCAUACCUCCAUUGUUACAAGUCCAUCACGAGACCAUUGAAGCUCUCCUGAUGGCACAGAAAUACGAGGAAUGUGUAACACUUUGUGACCGUGUUCUCAUGUGCUACAACAGCAAUACGUCGUCUCUUGAAUACUCAGCUCUCUCACAAACAUUAGACCCUCUAUUGAGCCAAACGUUCGACCAAACAUUGGAUCAGAGUUUACUCACUAAAAGUCAAGGCUCUUGUAACGAAAGUGGGAAGAUCGUAGGAAAAAGGAAAUUCAAUGAACUAUCUCAGAGUCAGUCUGAUGCGGAGCAUUAUGGUGACGUAGAUGUGAUUGCGUUAAAAUUUAAAGCAGCAGCUCUAGUCAAAAUGGGAGAUAACUCUGGUUGUCUUGUAUGCCUUCAGAGGGCUAUUGACAGCAUUUCAAGUUACCGAAAAUUCCAUCUGCAACAGAGUAUGAGAGACAUUUCAGAUAGUAGUGGCGAACCAAGCAGAAAGAGACUAAGAAUAGACGCAGAUGUAAAAAGUGCUAGCAAAGAUAGUAUUACAGCUUCGUGUGACCAAGUAAUUUCUAAAUAUAGUGCAAGGGAGGUAACUAAUUCUAGUCAAAGUGUUAGUGAGAAAGGAAAUGUGAUAAAGGGGUUAUUUAAUGACUCCAGCAAAAUGUUAGAGUUGGAACAAGAGCUGUACACAAUGACAAGUGAGAUACUAGAGUCAAUGGAAAAGAGUAAAGACACAUUACACUAUAAUAGGUUAGCGACACAGAUUCAGAAUAUUAAGGAGAAAGUUUAAUAAGAAAACUAUAUCCCUUUCAGUCUUAUUUCACCCAGAGUUACUGUUUCAGGCAUUGCACUUAUACAUACAUAUUUUCUGAGCUUUAUAUAAUAAUCUUAGUAAUAAUACAUUUUUCUGGUCUUUCUUAGAUUUUCAUUUGUAAAUGUAUAUUUAAGAAAUAAUAUAUCCCAAACUGUUAUUUUAUCGCUCAAUAACAUCACUUUUUGGAGUUCGGAUGCGAGGAAUAAUAUCACGAGGGCGUAGCCCAAGUAAUAUAAUAAUGAGCAUCCGAACGACAAACAGUGAUGUUAUCCAGUGAUAAAAUCGCCAAAUUGGAUAUAUUAUUUCGAUUCUAACACAACAUCAACAAAUAUAUGCUGCCGUACCUGAUAUUAAGCAAAAUUGCGCCGGAUUUGUUUCCGUACUUAUUGUCAGUGCGUCGGAUUUUAGAGUGGUUACGCCACAUAUAUAAUGAUUACAUCACAUGUCUAAAUAUAGAACAUCAAACAGUGAUUUUAUAGCAUAAUAACACACACUUUCGGUUCUUCUAUGCUAAAAAAAUGUGGGUCGUGUUAGAAUCUAUGUUUUUGACCAGUCAGAUACUCUUGAAAUUAAAUUAAAUUUUUCUGAUGUUUUUUGCCUGGGUAUUCAAAGCCU